UCUGUCAACUGAUGUUCUGUAGCUAGCUAGGUUAAGCUUUGCAAGUAAAAUCACAGACACACAAUUAGCAUUAUAACAUUUGCCCUUGACCAGCUACUAGUAUUUAAUCAGAAUCGUUUGCUAUCAAGCUCGUGGAAGCUAACACAGCGCUGAUGAUGUCGUAGGGAGAGCUGUUAAGCAACUCAAGGAUGGAGAUUCAAGAGUCAUCCUGUUCCUCAGCAACACCAGAGAGAAGCUCCAACCCUCCAGAGCCAGUCAGGUCCUCGACCUCCAAACACAGGAAGUCACCUAAGAGACGACGGGAGGAGAAGAGGUCCCAAUGCCAUCAUCAGGAUGACCAGGAACACCUGUUGCUGCCCGACGGCGAGCCAGGCAGGUUGCCGGUCCAACACGAACUCUCCGAGCCCUCUGGGUCUUCGACGGCAGAGAUGGCAGAGACCUCCCCUAAGAGGAGAGCUCACUUUCUCCAUGGACCAUAUCCUGCUACUCACUUUGGACCCAAAGCCUGUAUUCUUCCUAACCCAACCUCAGUCAUGCACAUCCAGGAUCCGGCCAGUCAACGCCUGACGUGGAACAAACCCCCAGUCAACGUUCUGGUCAUCAGGAAGAUACGAGACGAGAGCCUGGUGGAACCAUUCAAAGAACUCUGCCACUUCCUCGUUGAGGAGAAGGGUAUGCUGGUGUUUGUGGAGAGGAGGGUGGUGGCUGACGUCUCCCUGACUACGGACGAGACCUUCACCUCAAUCCGAAAACAACUCUGCACCUUUAGAGAAGGUUAUGAUGACAUCUCUCACUGUAUUGACCUCAUCAUCUGUCUGGGAGGAGACGGGACUCUACUCUACGCCUCCUCUCUCUUCCAGGGCAGUGUUCCUCCAGUCAUGGCGUUCCAUCUGGGUUCUCUGGGUUUUCUGACACCGUUCAAGUUUGAAUCAUACAAGACAGAGGUGGCUAAAGUUUUUGAAGGUAAUGCAGCCAUCACGCUGCGUAGUCGUCUGAAGGUGAAAGUGGUGAAGGACAUGCUCCAGAGGACAGGCCAGCCAGGCCAGCAGCAGUACCAGGGGUCUGGGGGCCAAGGCCAAGCUGGGGGCCAGCCGGACACGGAGCACAAUGGCCUGCUGCCCCAUGGACACACCAACAGCGAGGCUGGGAACAUUACCCUACAGAUGCAGGUUCUGAAUGAGGUGGUGGUGGACCGAGGCCCUUCCUCCUACCUGUCUAAUGUUGACCUGUACCUAGAUGGACGCCUCAUCACCUCUGUACAGGGAGACGGUGUGAUCGUGUCGACCCCUACAGGCAGUACAGCGUAUGCAGCAGCAGCGGGAGCUUCAAUGAUCCAUCCUAAUGUCCCGGCCAUCAUGGUCACACCGAUCUGCCCACACUCCCUCUCCUUCAGACCCAUAGUGGUGCCUGCUGGGGUCGAGCUGAUGAUCACCCUCUCCCCUGAUGCCAGGAACACUUGCUGGGUGUCGUUCGACGGCAGGAAGAGACAGGAGAUCAGCCAUGGAGACUGUAUAAAGAUCACUACGUCGUGCUAUCCGGUACCAUCCAUCUGUUGUCAUGAUCUGGUGUAUGACUGGUUUGAGAGCCUGGCUCAGUGUCUGCACUGGAACGUCAGAAAGAAACAAGCUCGUCUGGCUGACGAUGUCUCGGACUCCUCAGAUACAGAGAACUGAACACAGACAGACAGACACAUAAAUGUGCACAGGAAUUGAAAACACACAAGCACACGUAAGAAUAUAUACAUUUGAAGUCGGAAGUUUACGUACA